CUCACCCUCUCACAGGGAAGCGUCACCAUGCCAACCGUCAAGAGCAAGAAGAAGAAGGCGAAGAAGGAGGUCAACGAUGGAGAGGAGCAGGGAGAAGGCGUGGAGGUGGAGAUGGAGGAAGGGACCAAUCGGAGCCAUUCUGACAGCAAGGAACCUUUAACGCCUGAGCCGCAGGAUCCGGCACCACAGAAGAAGAAGAAAAAGAAGAGGGCAGCCACCAUCGACCAGGAAGCCGAGCACGCUGAAAUGCCGAACGGAAACAUGGCCGAGCCGGUCAUGGACGGAGAGGAGACGACUGUUGCUGUAACCAGAAGGACAAAAAGGAAGAGGAAGACAAAGACGACCGAGCACUACAGCAAUGACCUGGGAGCUGAGGAAGAUGACAUCGUAGCCGACGCCCCGUCGCCAAUCCCCCAGCAUUCCCUGUUCUCCGCCCCGCACGGACACAGCCAGCCGGUCGGCCGAGUCUUUGUGGAGAGAAACCGACGAUUCCAGGCAGAACGAGUGGACCACCUCCGACACUCGGAGAUGAUGGACGACUACAUGGACCCCAGACAGUUCUGGACCACCAGGGACGUGGCCAUGAAGGUCCACAGCGGCUUCAGGGUGAUUGGCCUGUUCUCUCACGGUUUCCUGGCCGGCUACGCCGUGUGGAACAUCAUCGUGGUGUACGUGCUGGCGGGCGAGCAGAUGACCACGCUGCCCAACCUGCUGCAGCAGUACCACCCUCUGGCCUACCCGGCUCAGUCGCUGCUCUACCUGCUGCUGGCCAUCAGCACCGUGUCUGCAUUCGACAGAGUGAACCUGGCCAAAGCCUCCAUGGCCCUGAGAGGCUUCCUCACCCUGGACCCUGCUGCUCUGGCGUCUUUCUUGUAUUUUAUCGCCCUGAUCCUGUCCCUCAGUCAGCAAAUGACCAGCGACCGCAUCAACCUCUAUCCCACUGCCAACGAGACUCUGUGGCCUCCGGGUUCGGAGCAGCAGAUCCUGCGGCCGUGGAUCGUGGUGAACCUGGUGGUGGCGCUGCUGGUGGGCUUGGCCUGGGCCGUCGUCUCCACGCGGCCGGACAUCGACUACACUGAAGGCAGGUGGAGGUGUUGUCCCUCUGUAGAUCACUGUCGGGGUGUCUUCAGGUGGAACUAA